AUGGCGGCCCACACGCAGAAAAAUAACAAGCCAGGGAAGCCCGGAGGAAAACCUGGAGGAAAAGAGGCGCAGCCUCUAAUAAUAGCUAAAACUCCGGCAGAUGAACAGCGUUUAAAGUUGGAGCGGUUGAUGCGAAACCCCGACAAGCCUGCUCCCAUCCCGGACCGAGCCAAGGAGUGGAACCCGCGGGCUCCGCCGGAGUUCGUCCGGGAUGUCAUGGGCUCCAGCGCCGGCGCAGGCAGCGGGGAGUUCCAUGUCUAUCGGCACCUCCGCCGCAGAGAGUACCAGAGGCAGGACUUCCUGGAUAAAGUUGCCGCGAAGCAAGACAAGGACAAGGAGUACCUCCAAAAAGUGGAGCUAAACAAGAAGGCGGCAGAGGAGCGGACGGCGAAGCGGAGGAACAAGCGGGAAAAGCUGAAGCAGAAGAAACUGUUGGCGAAGAAGGCUAAACAGGAGGAGAAAAACCAGCAGGAGGCAGAGGAGAACUCCGAGAGCAGCGAGGAGGACAAGAAGGAGGAGAAAGAAGAGGAAGAGGGAGAUGAUGAUGCCGAGGUUCCCAGCUUCAUCAUGGGGAGGAAAUGAAUCCAUCAGCCAUGUUUUGUGUGUGAAGCCUCAGAGAAGCAACAUCAUAUAUGUCAUGUAAAAGGGAAGGGGAUGGAGAUCUCAGGCAUGUUUGGACUCUGACGUUUCUACACAGAUCAUUAAAUCUGUUUGGAUUCACUUUGUACAAAGACUUGAUGUUUGCAUCUAAACUAAACAUGUGCUCAGCUUUUCUUUAUUUUAAAUCCGAUUACCAUAUUUUUAAUAAAAUAAGAAAAAAAGUUU